UCGGACGUGCUGUUGCGAUCGUUUGGCACUGGUGAAUAAUAUAUACAUAUGUAUGUGCAUAUUCCAUGACGACUAUAACCGAUAUCAGUCACUAUGACCUGUUCCGCAUAUUGGACUACAUGAAGACAAACUGUGAAAUUCAGAAUGGCAAUGAAUCCGUGGACGCCAUUAAAUAUGCUGACAUCUUUAAUUUGGCUGUCACCUGCAAGAUAUUUCGACGCAUCGUUUGGGAUUGGUCCAAAUCGAUGUAUCGUCGCUUGGAACUAGAUCUUCUGCAUGUGGUGCCCCACAAAAAUCUGACGGUCAAGUUUAUUGAGAUCCACGAAACUCUAAAAAGAGCCACAAAGCAAAAGAGAGACCGGUACAUGGACAUUUAUAUUGGGGCAAUGAUGGGGAAUCCCCUUCUUAAAACCAUUGAGCUAAGCUAUAAUACUCAGAAGUUUAUCAGCACCCACGAGAGUAUAUUUGAAGAGAUAGUAAGGGCUCUUCAGGGCAAAGCAGACCGCAUAGUGUUGAACCCGUAUAAAAUUCCAAAAUUCAAGGAGAUUAUUGUGGAUAUUGGAGAUCAUCGGAUCGGAAACCUAGGGCUGUUUCGCAAUAUUUCCAAAUUGAGCUUAAAUGCAUAUUUUGAGAUGAUCGACCUGGAAGAUUUCUGCUCAAAUAAUCCUUCUUUAAUUACUUUGGAAGUGAAUGUAAAUCGGUUUUCCGAUCAUGGAAAGCUAACACAAAUCGUUCGACACUGUCCAAAUCUAAAGCAACUGAAAUUCCUGCUAAAUGAUAAUGUAACGGAUAAUAGUUACUUCGGGCUCGCACUUUUGAAUAAGCUCACGCAGUUAGAAAUCGAUUGGAAACCGACUAUUGAUGAAGUGCAUUUUUAUUUAGACGAAGCGGAAGAUUGGCAUAAGCCACAGGACUUGGAAAUGGAUGAGGAUUUUACAACAAAACGACCCAGAAUGGACACCGAAUAUGAUUCCCUAGUAACAGGAGUAUCAGACUUACAUCGAUCCAUACCGGAACUCCAACUUCUCAAAGCAUUCAGCGAAAAGAAAAAAUCAAAACUAAUACAAUUAUGCUUAAAAUUCGACAUUGAUGACGAAAUGGUGCAGGUUAUUGCAAACAUUAAAGGUCUAAGAAUGUUGGAAUGCGGCUUUUGCGAUCCCAGAAGCAUAAGACACCUAAAAGGGCAUCCAACACUCAACCGAUUGACAAUGCGAAAUAAGGGUCACUUAGUUUCGGAGGAUAUUGCAGACUUACUGAGUAAACAAGUGACAGUCUCUAGUUUUGACACGAAAAUGUUCUUUUCUUCCCGGGGACACCUAAGUAUUUUCACAAGGGAUGGGCAAAUUUUUCGAUUUGUUAACUUUGAACCUUUUCUGCGACUGGAGAAUCUUAAAAGUCUUGGACUCCCUGUCGAAAUGAUCGUGUCAAUGGAAUCGACAUUGCAUUUGUUUUUGGAGCUCGGUGUAAAGAUCAAAAGCGAAGCGUGCGACAUUGACCUGGAUCCAAAAAAACGAAGUUUAAAGAUCAUGUACGAUAAAGAAUACGUUAAAAAGGAGUUGCCUCUUCCCUUAGUCAAAAAUAUGCGCUCUUUUAAGUUAUUGUCUAUCAACAUGCCAACCUGUAGCCUUUUCCUAAAACUAGCGACACACAACUUGCAAACACUGCGUGAGAUUUAUAUAAGUUCGCCCUUUACAAUCUUUGAAAACUCCAAAGACACAUACCUAACGCAAUCGGUGGUUCAAGCUUUGGUUACCCUUAGUUCAUUAAGAAAAAUCUCUUGCCUAUUUCAAAAAUUCGUAUACAUUCUGCCCCUGGCUCAGCUGAAAGAUCUAGAGGAAAUUGAGGUGCUUUCGGAACACCAUCCCAAAGAUAUUUACUAUCCAAGAUGCCUAGGACCCCUUCUACAGAACUGUCGAAAACUGAGUUCGUUUCAGAUCAAAGUACCCGCCAACGGAAUAACCAAAAAGUUUUUAAAAAGUCUUCAGGGCACGGUUUUAGCCAACAGAGAUCCAGACAUGCAGGAGGAUUUACAAUUUAUUCUUAACCUAAAGUGGGCAACACACGAGACAGAGAAAGAGAUGAUGACUGCACCCAAUAUGACAGAGAAUCAGAUAAAACUUAUUUCACGACCAUUUGAGCGUAUGAAGUUGACAACUAAAUAUAUUGAAAACGAUUACUUCUUUGAUUAGGAAUUUUCUUUGGUUUAUUUUAUGAGUUCGUUAGUCUAAUAGAAGUUCGAAAUAAAUCAUUUUUAAAUGCCUUUGCACUACAGGCAGCAGUCAUAAAUUUCCUUGAGAACCAGCUUAGGCCAGACAAAACGAUAAUUUAAUAAAUUCAAUUUGCACCUGCCGACAACAUUACUGGAUUGCAACUCAUACACAUGAAAUUAAAUAAAUGAAGCACAUACAUUCGCAGACAUUUCCCUGACAUACCGGAAAAA